AAUGCAGUUUUCAAUAAAUCUUUCAUCCGAAUGUGGGAUAAAGAAGAUGAUAAUUUGGAUAAGGUGAAGAAAUAUAAGUUUAUUAAACCAAUACACACACUAAUCACAAAAAAUGGACAUUCCUUCUUAGUUUUUCAAAAUGGUGCACUAUAUAAACUUGAAGAAGCUCUGGAACAGAGAAAAACUUUGAACCCCAAUAUUCCUGAGAUAGACCAAAUUGAGGAUAUCAUAUGUGAACAAACUAGCGAUGAAUUAUAUUUUGGAAUGAUCGUGAAAACUGAGGAAACUCACCUAUACUGGACAACGUUUGAAACUAGUAAAAUAAAGUAUAGAAAAAUCAAACUUGUGAGAGAUGAGUAUAAAUUGGCCGGAUGUCUUUUCCAUAAAUUGGAAAACAAGAUGCAUCUAUUUACUUUGUGGUCCGAUGGUGCUUUCUGUGCAAAUCCUCUAGAGCAAACAGUGUCAGAUUCAGGAGUAUAUGAUGUAGGUAGACUUUUCUCGGUUGUUGAAUCAGUGUCCCCUAAACAUCCUGUAUCAAUGAUAUCUUUAGACGAAAAUUACAUUGCCUUAUAUGGGGCCAACUACAACGAAGAAGGAGCUGUGUUGGUAAUGUACAACACUCAGUUCAGGGUAACACAGUCAAAGCAGCCUUUUGAAUUAUUCACCAGUAAUGCCAAAGUGUGGAAAAUUGAGAAUAAUAUACUUCUACCAAUGGGCCAGAAUUUAGCUGUCAUUCCUUUCGACUUGGAAACUGAACAGCUGGCAGCUCUAGUCGGAAGUCAUAAAGUUUGGCAAGAUGGCCUAGAUAGUGAUAUAAAACUGAUACAAGAGGUUGAUGUGGCAUCUUGGGACGAAGCUCUCAAAGUGAAACCUGAAAACAUGCCGAAGGUUUUAUCUGAUAAAAUAAAGGAAAUGGUGCAACAUGGUUUGCCAGAGACUAUUAUAGUGGAAGAGUUGCUUCCGGAUAUUUUCAAAAAAAAAGAAACGAAAACACUUUGUUCGCUUAUGAAGCAUUUUUGUGAUAUUUCAGAAAAGCACCUGUAAAAAAUAUUGAAAUUUGUCCUAGAUUCAGAUAGUCACACCAACUCAGCCUUAGAAAGUUUGCAACCUUCUGAAAAGACUAAACUCGUCAACAUGGUUUUAUGUAGAUCCUUCAGUGAAGCCUUACUGAUUCCACAUUUGAGGUCAGACCUUUCUAUGAAUAAUGUUUCGGUGUUGAUGAAAUAUAUUUAUCUGUUAUGGUCUUCUGAGGAAAAAUGUUUACCUAAUAUGACUGGGGUCGAGACUGAAGCCAAACUUUUGCAAUGGAGUUGUGCCCUGAUAGAUUCUAAUUAUCAGAAGAUUGUAUUAUCGAAAGAUGUGGCAGUCAGGGAUACCUUGCAGUUGCUAAAACAGUUGGUACAGGAUAAUAUCAGCACUAUCAAAGAUUGGGAAAUACUGGUUCCUAUGCUGGACAAUUUGAAGAAGAAUAAAUCUGUUACUAAAGAUGCUCAUAUUUUGUCUUUGAAAUAUUCAGUUGAGCAGUUGAGUUUAUACUAGGUAACAUUUGUUAUGUUUUAAUAAAUUUUUUGUGUCAA